AUGCUUGAUUCUCGAAAAACGUUUCCGACGAUAGACAAAGAAAAAGAUGUUCGAUCCAUAGUUCCUUACGACCAAUCAAUACAAAAGUCUGCCGAAGAUUUACUUUUUCAAGCAGCUCGUGAAAGUGAUGAAGAAAAGGCAAAAGAGAAAUGGAAGAAAUUCCGCCAACAAAUCGAAGAUGAAAAUUCAUCUAGCAAUCAAGUGAAAACUUUGAUAAAUAGUUUGGAUAAUCAUAAACGAUGGGCUCCGCUGCAUUAUGCUGUCGAAGCGAACAAUAAGUAUGUAUUUCAGCAAUUAACUUCUGGUAACAAAACCUAUCGCAGUGAUAUUAACAUCAACGGAGGAAAUGGAGAAAAUGUAUUACAUAUAGCUGCUGAAUCAGACAAAAUCUGGACGAAUAAGAGUAAUACUGUCCACGAAAAUGCAUCGGAAAUCUUAACACUGGAUUCGGCUGUUGAACAGACUCUAUGUAAUUUGCCUGAUAUUGUUCAAAACAUGCUCAAUCUUAGAGCUGAUGUUAAUGAUCGAGAUAUCGAAGGUCGAACACCAUUGCAUCUUGCCGUACAAAACAGUCGUUAUGAAUAUGCCAGAGCACUUAUCAAACUCGGAGCUGAGAUUCUGACAACUUCAAUGUUCAAAGAAAGUGUUCUUCAUUGUAUGUUCUCAUCGAGUCAGACAAACAGUCAAAAGUUAGAAGAACUAAUCGAUGAUAUACUAUCUCGACUCGAUGAUACACAGAAGCAAAAAUUUAUCCAAAUGACAACUCUUGACAAUCAUAAUGCACUUGGCUAUGCUCUUUGCAAUUCAGCAGUUAAUGAAAGUAUUCUUUUCAAGCUGUUUAUCGAUAAGAAUCAUAUUCCUGACAACCAAUUGCUUGUUGCAUUUGACACACUGGCGCAUCAUGCUCAGGAUCUAACGGAAGAUAUGAAAUAUAAUCUGACUUCACUUUUGAAUAAGAUGAACAUCAAACAUCAUACGAUGUUCGAACAUUUGCCUCACAUUUUAUGCCGACAUAACAAUUCAUCACUGCUGACGUGGUUUCAUGACGAAUUCAUUAAGAUAAAUCUUCGAAAUAGUGUGCGACCCGUAGAUUUUAACAGGUUCGAUUCAGGCGGUUAUACUUUACUGCUCACUGCUGUCUUUUACAAUGCAAAAGAUUGUGUCGAUGUCAUACUGAAACAGGCAAGUUAUAGUCGUCAAUACUUAAGUGCGAGAAAUAAUAAUGACGAAAAUGUGUUGCAUCUUUGUGCUAAACAUAGUGUUCAUGAUGACUUGUUCAAUAUCAUUUGGAACACGUUAUCUGAUGUUUACCAGGAAAAGAUGGAGUUAGUUUUGCAGAGAGAUAUCGAAGAAAAGACACCACUACAAGUAGCGGCCCGAUUUGCUAACGAAAACAUGUGCCAACAUUUAUCAAAUUACGCUCCAUUAACGGAUGACUUCAAACGCGAAGCCGCUCGUGAAGCCAGUGCAGCCGGCCAUUUGAAUAUUUUAGAAAUUAUCUUCGCAUAUGACAAGGAAACCAAACAGUCUAGGUUGCAACCUGCGAAAAUACAAAACAUAUCGAGAACCGGCGAUAAAUACGAGCAUACUUGUCUCCAUUUUGCGGCUGAAAAAGGUUAUGAUGAUAUUGUUAAGUUUUUUCUUGCAACAACGACAAUCCAAGUAGAUUGUCUAGACAAACGCCGUCGAACGCCGUUACAUUUGGCAUGUGAGAACGGACACAUAAAAGUUGUUCAGUUACUACUUCAAGCCAAUGCAUCCACAACAUUACGAAACGCUCAUGUUUAUAAUUGUUUAGAGAUUGCUAUAACACAUCAGCGAAAAGAUAUCGUCCAAGAGCUCUUCAAACAUUCAGCAUGGAAGGAAAUGAUGCGCAAUGCUCAACCCAUCGAAAACACCGAAGCGUUUGAUACGCCCAUGCGAAAAUUGAUUCGUUAUAUGCCUGACAUGGCCGUCUGGUUGAUUAACAAUAAGUUUACUCGAAUUGUCGGUGGGCCGGGAGAAAAGGUUUAUAAAACAAUCUAUGAUUACGAGUUCUAUGAAGACAUGUUCAAAGUUAAACACUGGUACUCUCCAAAUCCUGAUUCGAACUUCGAGCUUCCAACAUGCACUAGUUUAUGGCGUACUCGUGGUGUUGAAGCCAUUCACACAUGCUGGUGUUGUUGUCAUCCUACAGGGUCGAUGGACUGCAUGUUAUCUGAUGACAAAGUUUUUAUCAUUAAUGAUAAAUCGCUAAUACCGAAACAUGAAGAUAUGGAUAUGAAAUCGAAAGCUGCAGUCGAAUAG